AUGGUGGAUACUGCCACCAAUGUACUUGAGGAGUUUGUUUCUGUUUCUACUGAGGUUGCAUUUCCUGACGAGAUCAAGAUUCAGCUUGAGGAGUAUGUUGGGAGGAUAGAGAUGUUGGAGGAAACCAUGAAUGAGAAAGGGGUGUUUUCUCUAUUGGAGGUUCUCCAACAUAGAAUUGAUAUGUUAAAAGGUCAAAUUAAAGAUGUUCAUAACUUUCACAUUUCUUUGAAGGAAGCUAGUGAUAUGGUAGUAGAAAAUACAAAGACUUUACUCCACCUAGGCAAUGACAUAGAUAUUCCUGGUUUUAAUGAAGUGUUGGAUGCACUAUACAAGGCUGAGGUGGAUUUUUUAAAGUUUGUUGCUGAUGCACAGGCUGUAACUGAUACUCGGUGGAAUGAGGCGAUAUUUGAGCUGGAAGAACCCAUCGACAUCUGUACAAUGAAGCAAGCCAUAAAGAAUCUUCUUCUGCCACGCAACCCCCGGUUUUGCUUUAAGAUGACUGAGAAUAGACAUGGAGUUCUGCAUUGGGUGGAAACUGAAGUAAACGUGGAUGAUCAUGUAAUUGUUCCAGAGUUUCCUCCGGGUCGCACAGAAUAUGAUGAGUUUGUGAAAGACUAUAUCAGUAAUAUACACCUAACCCCUCUUCCCAAGUGUAAGCCCUUGUGGGCGUUUCACUUUCUCAAUUACAGUACAAGCAAGGCCAGAGCCACAUUAGUUAUAAACAUGCACCAUUCCUUAGGUGAUGGUACUUCCCUCAUGUCCUUACUACUCUGCUGUGUCACCAGAGCAGACAAUCCCAAUCUCCCUGUCACUUUUCCUUCAUUUAAAUCUCCACCUCACAAAACUAUUCCAUAUUAUUCAUGGGUUUCUACUGAAUUUAUGUAUUACAUGUUUCAGAGGCUAUUCAUGCCUGUGCUUGUACUGUGGUACACUGUUUCUGAUCUCAUUAGCAGCUUCCUUAGAAUUGUAUUGAUGGGGGAUAGCAAGUUGCACUUUCGCGGGCCUCCUGGUGUUGAGAUGCUGCCGAAAGUCAUAUCCUCUGUCACGUUCCUCAUGGAAGACGUCAAAAAAAUAAAGAAUUCCAUCGGAGGAACUGUAAACGAUGUGGUAAUGGGCGUAAUAUUCUGUGGUUUUCAACGAUACCUGGAGACUACUCUUUCUCAAGGAGAAACGUCAGGAGUGAGGAAGGAAAUGGCGAGGUCAAGAGUAACAGGGAUUUUAUUUAUGAACACGAGAGCAUUAUCGGGAUUGAAUGAUAUAAAAUAUAUGCUGAAACUUAACAGUCGAGCACCAUGGGGAAACCGCAUUGGGAUGUUACAAAUCCCUAUGCCCGUAGCUAAUGCAGAGAGUCCAUUAGAUUUCGUACGAAGAGCAAAGCAAAUCAUAGACAGGAAGAAAAUGUCACUUGAGGUCUUCCUUACUAGAAGACUACUCAGCUAUCUAGGCCGACGGGCAUCUGCUAGAGGUAUGUAUAACACUCUGGCAAACACAACAUUAGCAUUAUCGAAUAUGAUCGGCCCGACAGACAAGAUAGCGAUGAAUCAAAUUCCGGUUAAGAGCAUCUCAUUCUCAGUAUCUGGGAUUCCUCAGACGCUUCUUUUGACGGUAGUGAGCUACAUGGGAAGUGUGAGGUUGGAAGUGAUUGGCACCAAAGGUUAUGUAAAUUCUGAUACUCUGGCCAAGUGUUUUACCGAGUGCUUUGAGGAGAUGAAGGAGGCCACAAAGGGAUCUUGA